AUUGUAUUUCAGUGGUGCGGGAAACGUUGAUUUAGCGUUACUGGCAUUUAUUGUAGCGCAUUCGAAAUCUUAUUCGCACUGAACUUUCUGUCUCUACGCUGCCUCACCUCCUCGUUAUCAAGCUCUACACUUUGUCGGCUAUCUUUAAUUAUUAAAUAUUCUCGUGGUCACCACCAAACACUGCUCUACGUCCCCCCCCCCUGCUGCAACGUACCUACCUAUAGUUCAGACGAAAACGUAUCAACUACUGGUCGUUACAUUAUCUAUAGAUGAUUGAUUCUAGUGAUGUUUUAGCUUCACAGGAUGCGGAAGUGAUGCAGAACAGCAAACAGAAAAGAAGGCGAACCAAAUUUAUAGAUUCCACACUUAAGGAGCUACCCCAAAACACUUCUAAUGAUGAAAAAUUUGAUUUUAUUUGUCAAAAAUAUUACGAUCUCUUUAACGAACAGAAAGAAAACUUGAUGAAAAAUAAGCAGUUUGAGCAGAAUUUGCAACAGCUACGCGUUGAAAGAGAUCAGCUUCAAAAUGAGUGCAAUCGUCUAGUUCUGCAAAAGGACAAACUGGAAACUCUUUGCCGUGAGUUACAAAAGCAAAAUAAGAUCAUUCAGGAAGAGAGCUUGUCACGCGCACGUGCAGAAGAUGAGAAACGUCGUGAAGUUUCAGAUCAUUUUCAGACAAGUAUAACAGGCAUCCAAAAUCAGCUGUGUGAAUAUCAAUCUAAAAAUCUAGAAUUACGUAAAGAGAAUCAGGAUUUAGCUGAAAAGUUGGGUGAAUUUAUUAAACAGCAUGAAAAACGUGAAGAACAUGUGGACAAGCUUAUGCAAACACGUAGCCUGGAGUUGAAAUUAUCCGAAGCUAAGUUAAACAAAGCUCAAUGUUUACUGGAUCAAGAAAAAGCAAAAGGUCAACAAAAAAUUCUUCAGUUAGAAGAAGAAGUGAAAUUCUUAAGGAAUCGUUUAGAUAUUCAAAAAACAAUUGAAGAAAAACUAAAAGAGCAGAUUGCAUUCUAUAAGGAGAAAUAUCAAUCAUUCAAUAAGACAAUGUCAGAAAGUCGGAAAAUGUUUGAUAAUGCGAAGGAGGAAAUGGAGAAACUUGGAAAACGUAUUCAUCUAAGCGAACGUGAAGCUGUAGAAUGGCAAGGUAAAUGGGAGGUGAGUCAACGUAGCCUAUUAGAAUUAGCUGAACAGCAUAAAGAAGAGAAAGUUAAAUCAGCUAGUGCUAAAAAACAAGUGGAAAAACUCAGUGGAUUAUGUAGAGCCUUACAGAGCCAGUUGGAUGAAUAUAGGCAACAACAAAAACAGAAACCACAGGAAGAACAAGCUCAACAAAAUGAACAAAUUGAGGGAAAAAAAGAAAGUCACAUUCCAAUGCCAAAUCAUACUGUAGACAAUCAGCAACCAGAAAUAAAUCAGAAACUGAAUGGUGGUACCAAAGUAAAUGUGGAAGGUAUGACAAGGGAAACUACAAGUUUGGUUGAUGAAAAAGGUGAAGCACCUAUAUCAUCAAAUGGAAGUGAAGCUAUUAUUUCUUCACCUGUUUCUUCUUCUACUCAUACAUUUGCUUGUAAAACGAACUCUACAAAUGAAUCCUAUACUUCAGAUACUCUAUCUCAGUGUACAGAAAAUAUGGAUAAUUUGAAAUUGAAUUCUGAUAAUGUUCAAAUCAACUCAAAUUUUGAAGUACACCCACUGAAUACUUCUGGAGAUAUUUCUAGUAAUCAAAAAUGAUUUCUAUACCCUAAUUAUCAAGUUACUUUGUUACAAAUACCAAUGACUAGUAAUAAUAGUAUAGCCUUGUGUAAAACAAAUACUUUCUCUUAAAGUACAUCUCCCUGUGGCUGCAUGUGUUCCUAUGAGACCUAAAGUGUAGUUUUCCCCUAAGAAUCCUUUUUUUUAUGCGCUUUUGUUAUUUUUUGGGUGACUAUUCAGUCUUCCGAGUUUCGCAACUUGUGCAGUUGAUCUCCUUCGUCAAUUGGCUGCUCCCACUGCCCUCCUUCAAGUUUUUAUAGCUCUAUGUGAAACGAGAAGAUUAAAAGGACAAUAAGACAGUCACUGAGAAAGUUAGGCUCACCUCUUUUUUUGCUGCUGAUUUCUAUCAAAUUCAUUCGUAUAUUCUGUGCCUUAAAAGUCCAGUCCAGUCAUUGUUCAUAAGAUGAACAGCGUUAUUGUGCAGCGUUAUGUGAUAUGAAGCACAUAUAUCAAUUUUCUUUUGCAUUUUUCUUAUCCUUCUUUUUGUCUAAAGAUGUAACUAAUGCGUAUAAUAUGAAGUUUCCACUACCUGCUGACAGCAGUAUUCACUUAUGUUUCGUCUCCGAGACCACCAAUAUCAUCAUUAUUAUGAUCACUAUAUAUUGCGUAUUCUCUCUUGGUCUACAUUCUUAAUUAUUACACUUUAGGCUGUUUUCAAUGAUGUGCGUGUGUUUGUGUUGAUUGUCUGUGCUAAUGGCAGUUGUACGGGUUAUAGUUUGAUCGCUUUUCCUUCUCUUAUUUCAGUGAUAAUUAUACUUGUGUUUAUUAUUGCUAAAUCUUUCAUAUUUAUGUAGAUUGCAUAUAAAUUGUUAUAUAGUAUUUUUUGUGUUUGUGAAUAAUUUUGGCCAACCUUUAUUGUUAACUUUACUGAACGGGACUGGUCAGGUCCGGUUGUAACGUAUGGUUUCCUUGUAAAAACUUCUGCGUGUUGCUC